AUGGAACAUGACCUAGGAAAAGUGCCACGAACAACUGAAGGUCGUCAUAUCCAAAAACAAGCUAAAUGGUCUGAUGAGGAUGAGGUGCCUCUUGCAAAACUUAAAAACAAGUUAAAUGAGACCAAAUAUCACCAACCGUCAACAUCUAGACAAGCAGCUGAAAGGACGCCCAGCAAGUUUUCUAACGAAGCCCGUUCAUCUUCCUCGAAAAAUAUUGGAGAUGGGAAGAAACAUUUUUAUUCACUGGUCUCUUCGUCGGAUUCUUCUGAAGACAAAGCUGAUGAAAUUGAAGACGAAGAAACAGAUGAUAAUGAGGUAUCUGAUGGUGAAUCAACAUUGACAGAUAACGACGUUGUGAAGGAGACUCAGGAGGUUAUACAUAAUAGACCGAAAAGAAAAUUGACGGAUGUAACACCAAUUAGAAAACAGCAAAGAAAAAGUGAAGAUUCUGAUAAAUUAGAUAGAGCUUUUCAGAUACUGUCAAAAGCAUCAGCAAACGCCAAUAACCCAGAAGGACACAACGAAUGUCAGAUAUUUGGAAAUCUUGUGGCUAAAAAAUUGGCUAAAUAUUCGCCUGAAUUGCAGACUAAUACACAACAAGCGAUUAUGAAUAUUUUAUUUAAGGCAGACAGCAUCCAUAUUCGCCAAAAUUCAAGCAAUUUCCAAUCCCCACCACAACGUACUGACACUAUUCACUCAUUUUUUUCGAAUUAUCAGGCUAACCAAGAAUCCUGUUUUAAUCAAGAGCCAUCACAGUUGUCAUCUCCAACAUAUAGUUAUGGUAAUUCAAAUCCCUCUACCUCGAGUGACAAUAAUACUCCUCUCCCUCCUUCUUUGCCACACGAGUUAUUGGAUAUGUCCCACAUUGAACUACAGAGCUUGUAG